GCAGGAGAACUGUCCUUUUCAGGCUACCAAGGUGUCGGGUCAAACAGCUUCGAUGUCGACAACCUCGGGCAGCCGCAGCUGGAGGUGAUAAGUCCCCUGGACCGCGAAACAGACGAGAUAUACGCCUUCACUUUGGUGGCCAUCGACGGUGGCGGGGGUGAUUCUGCGGGUGGAAAUGAUCACGAACUUCAGCAGGACCGUAGCUCUGGACCACGGUCCGGCUCAGUCAGUCUGGUGAUCCGCAUCAUGGACGUCAACGACAACCCGCCUCGUUUCGACCGACCCGUGUACACGGCCAGUUUCCUCGAGCAUCAGGUGCCAAGCAGCAUUGUGCCAUUUAGCAUCUACGAUGCCGACACUGGGGACAACGGUCGAGUAAGCGUCACUGUACAGGACAAGCGAGGUCUGGCGAAACACCUGUUUCGCGUUUUUCUGCAGCCUAAUCAGGCUUCUGGCCUCGCGCAUUCGGCCUCCAACUACCCAGCUUAUCUUGGGCGAAACGAUGAAGCCGGAAUGUAA